GGGGGCAACAUGCAAGUGGGGAAGUGUUUGCAUAUUUCGGGGGGGAAGACGCAUCUCUGAGACUACUGUCCAAAGCGGCUGAGAAGGAUCCCAUUGCGACGGGGGAAAAACACGCAAAAAAAAACACGCAAAAAAACGCAGUUCGGGCGCAUUCGCUCUUGAGGUGGGACAGUCAAAAUGUUGCGUAGGAGGUGAAGCGUUGAGCCGUACUGAUGGACGUGUUAACAGACACCAGUCUCACACUGGUCGUGAAGACUUCAGAACCAGGGAAUGCAGAUGUAGUCGAGAACACAGGGGUGUGUGAGCAGAGUGGUCAUCUGAGUCUCUGUGGCAUUGUUGAUGCUGCUCUCGCUCCAUCCUUACCUCCUGCUGCCGCAGGGACUUCACAGCCGGCCUGCCCAGCACACACGAGGACCACGCCUACAUCGCCCACACUCCCACUUCCCCUUGGCCCCGAGUCCUCUCUGGGCCUGACAGCGCCCCCCUUCCCCACCUCUGAUGAUGCUCCAACUGUAGUCUCUCAACUUCGCCGCGACCCCACAGCACGUCCCUCCCCGGCUGUAAGCUCCUGGAACCCUACGGUGGACGCACAGAAGACUUCCCUUCUGCUGCCCGUUGCCCUCCCUCUGUCAGCUGCAAUGAUGGAGCCUGCCACUGUGUCCACCCUGACAGAGGAGUGUCUUCUUCAGCCCACCCGCACCUGCCUUGGCUGCUUCAUCGAGACCCGUGAUGCCACCGACCCUAAUUCCAUCCAGAACGCGCCCCACGACCCUAACGCCAACCCUGACAGAGAGACCGGGCUAAGUGUUAGGAUAGGCGACGUGAGCAGGGAGGACUUCUCUGACAUCAACAAUAUCAGCAUCCAGUGCCUGAGCCAUGCGGGGGAGGCAGUGAGUCACUAUGGAGAGCAGCUCCUCUCUGACCAGCUACUUAGCUUUCCUCUGCCAAAGGCCCCAGGUGAGGGUAAGAGGGCUGACGGGAAUAAAACUACAGACGACUGCGAUGACCCAGAAGAUGAUGCAACAGCUAAAAACUUGUACGAGGGACUGUUGCUGGACAAAGUGAGCGGCGAGGAGGUUCUACUGGCUAAUGCCGGCCAGGACUGGGGCUACUUUGAAUCCUUCAUCAGCGAGAGCAAGAUGGAACUGCUGGACCUUUGUUCUAAGAACGAACUCUCAGUCAACCUCUUCUCCGAGGAAGACGUUGACAAUCUGUUUGACGACGAAGACGACGAUUCCACUUUAAGCAGCGAUGUCUGUUCGCUGAAGAUUCGCUACGAGUCUUUCCAGGACAACAUGAGGGAAAAGACAAAUGUUCUCCAGGAGGAGACGCAGUUUAACUUUUUCCCCAGCGUCCUGACCAACUGUGCCAAGAAAGAGGAAGGAGCCGGAGUCCUGAGGAGGAGCGCCGAGGAGCUUCAGCUCAAAACCGAUGAGCUCAUUCUCGAGACGGGGCAGGAAGGACGGGCUGGGGACUGCAGCGGUAGGAGUCCCCUCGAUGGUUCCCAAGGCUCACCCAUGUCGACUCCCAAAGUCAACUACCUGAUGGACUUCAACUCCACAGAGGAGUCCGGUGAGUUUAGCGAUGACAGCUCCUGCACCGGCUCCUCCUCAGACACCCUGCAGGAGGGAAAGCUUAAGAAGAGCCACUCAAAGAGAUUACUCAGCCCCUCCAACCCCCUCAACUAUGGUUUGCGCUCCAAGAGAAAGGUUCGAUACAGCGAUGAUUACUUAUAUGACGUCGACUCGCUCGAGAGUGAGAAGAAUGCGGAGAAAAAAGAGAAAGCUCCGUCUGGUCAAAAAGAGGAGGAGGAUGUAGACUGGUGCCCCAAAAAACGCCGAAAAUCGUGUCGUAAAGAGCCGCCAGUGGUCAUCAAGUACAUCAUCAUCAACAGGUUCAAAGGGGAGAGACUCAUGUCAGUGAAACUGGGCAAGUUGGACCCUGUGGACGAGACUGUGAGCUUAAACACAAACGCAGUAACCAAAUAUGAGACACUGGCUCCUCUGAAGGAUUUCUGGCAGGAGAAGCAGAGAGAGAGACAGGAGCAGCUUAAGCUGGCUGCCAGAGAUAAACAGCAACGCGGUCUUCAUCUAAACGGACGCCAUCAUCGCCCUUUUAAUUCUAGCCAUCCCAAAAGGAAAUACAAGAUUGCAAACAGGCUUAAGGUUCAGAGGAUUCACGCUGUGGAGCAAUCAGCAGCAGCACAGUGCUGCGCUCUCUCUGAUCGGGGCCAGGGAGGUGUAACUAAAGAAGAGGCCACCCCCACGGCAGCGGGAACAAUAGCAGCCCCAGGCCUCCCAGUGACAUUAGACACAAACUCCAUCACGCACACAGUCACAGCCAAGAGUCGCUCCCAGGAGAGGGAGGAAAGGGAGGGGAGGAGAUUGGGGGGGAAUAAAACAGUCAGGAUAAGGAAAUUCAAAAGCGAAGCCAGGCUUAGGAGCAAGAAAAUGAAGGAGGCCGAGGGAGACGAGGGGGGGAGCGCGACAAAUGACCCGGAUGCCUGUGCCGCCGCCGCACCGAUUGGGGAGCCUGCUGCCGGCUUAGAGGAGGCAGGCAUUAGCUCAACUACGGUCAAACCCCACCUCUCUGACAAUACCACGGCCGCUCAAACGCCUGAGGAGAAAUUCCCCUUUGUGUCGUCCACUUGCCCCCCUGACAAAGCCCCCCCCUCGGAGGCGGUGGAGUCGGGUGUCCCCGUUAUCCCGGGGGGCUACCUGCAGACCCUGCUGGAUGCUACGGACUCCUCCGCCGGAGCCGCCAUUUCUUAUUUCCCCCAGCAGCCCCCUAGGCAGCGGUAUCCUUUGGGGCUUUCCCUGGAGGAGAAACAGUUUCCUUCUCUGCAGCUCGCUCAGAGCUGUGUCCUCUCUCCUCCCUCCGAGUCGGAGCUCCAGCAGUCUCCCCAGAACUGCCCCAACUUCCCCCAGAUGUGGCACUCGCAGCUCUGCACCAGUCAGAGCUUUGGCCCCGAGACCCCUGAAACUCCCAUUUUACCCAGCAACUUCCCAGCUACGGUGCCCCUGAAUGACAGCCUGCCAGUUUCUGACUACAGCCAGCUGAGCCCUGAGGCUGACAGGCUGCUUUAUGAGAAGAGCUAUCUGGCGGAGGCAGGGCUGCAGCCCGGGACAGACCUGCAAGCGUGUCAGUCUGCCUGUGUGGAGGGUCAGGUGCAAUACCAGAGAGGGUCCCUGUGCACUGACAACGGCAGGCUCAUCAGCUAUGACUCAGUCGGCUCUCUGUCAGCCUCCUCCAGCAAUUACAGCUCCCUCAGCCUCAAGUCUUGUGAACGAGAGGGUGAGGAGGAGGGCCGAGACAGCUUCUUAGCCCAUUGCAGUCCGAAAGUGGUGAUUCAGCAGAGUGUGGACGCCCUUACCCCACUCAGGGAGUCUUCAGACCUGCUGGACAUCUCCAACUUUACCCCCGACAAGUUUAGACACUCAUCACUGUCAGAGCUCUCCCCUCCUGAGACCCCCAACCUGUCUCCCCAGGUGGUGGGGCGUGAUAUGAAGAUGGCAGGGAAUGCUGGGGAGUACCAGGAUGUGAAUGACAUGACCCUGGACUGCAACAGGGAGGCCAAGUGGAACUGUGACGUUAUGCAGCAACAAGAGCACACGGCAAAUGCAUACACAGUGGAAGACAGCCAGUUUCCGCUUCACAACUUCAGCAGUCAGCAGGACGUGUUACAUUUAGAUAAAAAGGAGCUGGGAGUUACCGAAUUUGAUGAGCAGAGUGGGGAGGGGCUGGCCAGUGCGAAAAGCAUUAAGUCAAAGAGGAAAGGAAAUUGCAAACAGACAGCCGCAGGACAGAGCCCUAAGAAAGUCCGGGCUCCUAGAGCCCCGAAGUCCGAAAAGGUCAAGACCCCCAAACAGAACUCGCGUUCCACCAAAAAGAUAAAGGCCAUGUUGGAGGGCAAGGCAGCGAAGAACCAGGCAGGUAGUUGUGGCACAGGCCUGACUGACAGUAGCAGUACUGGGGACUGGUCUGGCCCCGGUUGGUCGGAGAGCAACAGCCUGGUUGGGGACGACCAGAGAGAAUUUGAGGAGCCCUCAAAUAUUCUGUCCAAUAUUGUCUCUGGCAUGGCUGAGGUCCAAAGGUUCAUGAUGGCCUCCAUUGAGCCACUGUGGAACCCCAUGUCUGAGGCCUGCAUGCCCUCUGAGGCCAAUAGCCUCAACCUAAAGACCCUCAAAAUCUUGGCAGGCACAGAGGCCGACCUGAAGAAAAAAGGGGCCGCGCUAACGGGGGCCGGAAGAGGCAGGAAGGCGGGGGGGAAGGGAGGGAAGAACCAGGCCAAAUUCAACCCCUCUCAUCCCUUGUUCCCACAAUUAGCUCUCGGCUGCAACAUGUUUGAUAAACCCAACUUUAUUAACCCUGGGCCUGCACACAAAAAGCUGUACCGCCACAAGACGAGUGCAAAGUUCCCACGGAUUGAGACAAUGAAGGGCAAGCGAGCUGAGAGGGACCCAAAUAAAGACAUAGCACUGAUGACCUCGUUUGAGAAACUGAGGUAAUAUUUUGUUAUCAGCUGCUGUUGCACCCCCUUUCUCACUCCCCCCCCCCCCCCCCCC